AUGUCUUCCGCCAUGUCUGUCGACCCAAAGCCCUACAAGCUCAAUCUGGAUGAAUUUAUUGCGACCGCUACCUCAGCCACACCGUCCGAACUUCAUCCCUUCUUCGACGACUUUCGAGUGCUCUACAAUAAGAAGCUAUGGCACCAAUUGACUCUCAAGCUUUUCACUUUUCUCGACCAUCCAGCGUCUAAGCCAUAUCGUGUCGAUGUCUUCGAGUCGUUCGUGCGCGACUUUGAGACCAAGAUCAAUCCACUUCGUCUGGUAGAGAUGGGAGUACGAGUUUCGAAAGAAAUCGACAAUCCUCAAACACACCUUAAUUUUCUCACUUCCUUACUAUCCCGCAUAACUGCUGCACCUUCAAAAUCCGAAGAGGCCCAUGUUCUCCUUCUAGCUACGAUUGCCCGCGCAAAACUUCUCUACGGAGACUUGGAAGGGACCAAGGCAGACAUGGAUAAGGCGUGGAGCGUGUUAGACCGAUUGGAGGAUGUGGACAAUGGCGUGAACGCUGCCUAUUACCAGGUCGCAGGCGACUAUUAUAAGGCGAAAGGCGAAUACGCGCCAUACUAUCGACACUCUUUGCUUUACCUUGCCUGCGUGCCCAAUCUGGAAACGGACUUGACCUCUGAGGAUCGGUUAGCUCGUGCCCACGAUCUUGCCAUCUCUGCUUUCCUUGGUGAUACCAUCUACAAUUUCGGAGAGCUUCUCAUGCACCCAAUACUUGACUCUCUCGACAAAACACCUCACGAGUGGAUAAAAAAACUGCUCUUCACCUUUAAUGAAGGUAACAUUGGUAAGUUUGAAGCUCUGGCGCCAUUAUUUCCCAAGGAGCCGAUCCUUCAAAGCAACUACGCGUUCUUGCGACAAAAGAUCUGUCUGAUGGCUCUCAUUGAAAGCGUUUUCAAGCGAGCGGCGAAUGAUCGUACCAUGUCUUUCCAGACGAUCGCAGAAGAGACGCGGCUACCUUUGGAUGAAGUCGAGCAUCUAGUGAUGAAAGCGCUUAGCUUGAAGCUGAUUAGAGGCUCGUUGGAUCAGGUAGACCAAAAGGCCCAGAUCACGUGGGUUCAGCCCAGAGUACUGUCGAGGGAGCAAAUUGGGACACUGGCCACAACACUCGGAGACUGGGUUGCCAAGUUGCAAGUUCUGGGUGACGGAAUCCCACGCGUGACCGCAACUUUUUUUUUCCUCUCAACAUCGAUGGCGCCUUUGAGCCACCCUGCGAUUCGAGAUGGCUGGUUUCGGGAAAUCUCUUCGCAAUGGCCAGGGCAAGCCAUGACCCUUCGUGUCGUCAAAGUCUUGCACGUCGAAAAAUCCGCUUAUCAAGAUGUACUCGUAUUUGAAUCGGAAACUUAUGGAAACGUUUUGGUUCUCGAUGGUGUCAUCCAGUGCACUGAGCGCGAUGAAUUUUCUUAUCAAGAAAUGAUUGCGCACCUUCCUCUCGCAAGCCAUCCUAACCCCAAAAAUGUCCUAGUUAUCGGCGGAGGUGAUGGAGGCGUGGUCCGCGAAGUACUCAAGCACUCCUCCGUUCAGAAAGUUGUUCUUUGCGAUAUCGAUGAGGCAGUCGUUCGCGUCUCCAAGCAAUACCUUCCUCACAUGUCGUCACUACUCUCCGAUCCCCGAGUGACUGUCUUUAUCGGCGAUGGAUUCAAAUUUCUGGAAGAGAACAAAGCUUCCUACGAUGUGAUCGUCACCGAUUCGUCCGACCCUGUGGGCCCCGCUGAAGCCCUCUUCCAAAAACCGUACUUUGAAUUGCUUCAUGGUGCUCUCUCUGAUGGCGGGAGUAUCUCGACGCAAGGUGAAUGCCUCUGGCUUCAUCUACCACUCAUCACCCAAAAUCACAAGACGGUCAAAAGCCUCUUCCCCGUCUGCGAAUAUGCCUACACUACCAUUCCCACCUACCCUUCUGGCCAGAUCGGCUUCGUGAUUGCGACUAAGGACGCUUCUCGAGAUUUGCGGAAGCCUAUUCGAGACGUGCAAGGCACUCGUUAUUAUAAUCGCGCUGUUCACUCUGCUGCGUUUACCCUGCCUGAAUUCGGGCGGGCGAUCUUGGAAGAGGGCAAAGAUGUCAGACCAGUCUUUGGUCGUGCCGCUAAGGAAGCUCAAACCAACGGAAAGAGCCACAAAAUCUUGCUCUUGGGUUCAGGCUUUGUUGCACUGCCCUGUGCCGAAUACCUGACGAGGGACCCUUCUAAUCACCUCACCGUAGCAUGUCGUACCCUUGCAACGGCCCAAGCUUUCAGCCAAAAUUUACCGUCUACCACUGCCAUUUCCCUCGAUGUCAAUGACGCUGCCGCUCUAGAAGCAGCCGUUGCCGCCCAUGACCUAGUUAUCUCCCUUAUCCCCUACACUCACCAUGCAGCAGUUAUCAAAGCUGCCAUCAAGGGCAAGACCAACGUCGUUACCACAUCUUAUGUUUCGCCUGCGAUGAGGGAAUUGGAUGCUGCAGCGCGUGAAGCCGGUAUUAUCGUUCUCAACGAGGUCGGCUUAGAUCCCGGUAUUGAUCAUCUCUAUGCGGUCAAGACCAUCGAGGAGGUACAUGCGAAGGGGGGCAAGAUCAAGCAUUUCCUUUCCUACUGUGGUGGACUCCCGGCGCCAGAAGCAUCAGGCAAUCCGCUUGGAUAUAAAUUUUCUUGGUCAUCACGAGGAGUCCUCCUGGCUCUACUCAAUUCGGCCUCAUUUUUGUCAUCUGGAGCAGCGACCCAUAUUCCUGGAGAAGAGUUGAUGUCACACGCAAAACCUUACUUCAUCUCUCCUGCAUUCGCCUUUGUCGCAUAUCCAAACCGAGACUCUCUUCCUUUCCAACAAUUCUACAACAUACCAGAGGCUGAGACGGUUGUUCGGGGCACUUUGCGCUAUCAAGGCUUCCCUGAGUUCAUCGCAGCUCUGGUCAAGCUCGGAUGGCUCAACAGCGAAACUCGAGACUGGCUUGUGGAUGGUAUUGACUGGAAGACGGCUACACAAAAGGCUUGCGGGGCAAGCGAUAGUAGCGAGAGCUCCCUUGUCUCCCAAAUCAAGCAGCUUUGCUCCUUCCCAAAUGAAUUUGAGAGCGAGAGGAUCAUUUCCGGGCUACGCUGGAUCGGCUUGUUCUCGGCCGAGAAAGUGGUCAUACGUAGUGGCAACUUGCUCGAUACCCUCUGUGCUCGACUGGAAGGGUUGAUGAAGUAUGAAGCGGGGGAGCGAGAUCUUGUUAUGCUUCAGCACAAGUUCAUCGUCGAAUGGGCGGACGGUUCCAAGCAAACCCUCACAUCAACCUUGGAAGCAUAUGGGACCCCUGGAGGUCAUUCGGCGAUGGCAUUAACAGUCGGUCUUCCGUGUGGAAUUGCGACUCAACUUGUCCUUGAUGGGAUACUGAAAACUCCGGGUGUCCAUGCUCCAUACUCAAAGGAGAUAUGCGAUCCCAUCAGAGAGAGGCUGGAAAGUGAAGGAUUGGGACUCGUUGAAAGAGUGCUUUGA